UACCCAAACAUAAACAUGUAAUACUUGAUCCAACAUAUAGUGUUUAUGGGCCAGGCCGAAGGCACGAAAUCAAAAUCAAAAUCAAAAUUAACCCAAUACCCUAAACCCCAAAUCACACUGUCCCCCUAUCAUCGUCCAUAAUGCUUAAACCCUAAUUCAGCUACUGAGCAAGAACACAGUCAAAAUCAAUGGAGUUCGAGAAGAGAAAGGCAGCAACUGUAGCUUCAAUAAAUUCACCAGAGACAGACAAAUCACCAAAAGGCAACAUAGACGCACCAAUUAUCCCUUUACUCAACACCCUCAACUCACACCCUUCAUAUUUCACCACCAGUUCUUGUUCUGGCCGUAUCUCCAUUCUCUCAACACCCACCACCCCCUUCAACAACCCCACCAAGAAAAAAGCUAAAGGAGGCAAAUGGGUCUUCAUUUCUCACGACCCAAUUCAACCCCACUUGAUUUUACCACUCCUUUUUUCAACCGAGUCAACUCAAAAAGUCAGCGAGUUGAAUCAGCCACAUAGCCUUGUGUUCAGGUUUGAGCCUUUGAUUAUUGCAGUGGAGUGUAAGGACAUAGAGUCAGCUCAGUUCUUGGUUUCUUUAGCUAUUUCAUGUGGGUUUAGGGAGAGUGGUAUUACUAGUGUUAAUAAGAAAAGAGUGAUCAUUGCUAUACGAUGUUCGAUUCGAUUGGAAGUGCCGUUAGGGGAUACUGAGAAGUUAAUGGUGUCCCCUGAAUAUGUAGAGUACCUUGUUAUGUUAGCAAAUGAGAAAAUGGAGACUAAUAAAAAAAGAACUGAUAGCUUUCUUGAUGCUUUGUUGAAAAACGGGUUUUCCGGUACACGGAUUGGUAAUGAGGAGUUUUUAGAUAAUGGAAAGGUAGAAUGUGAUGAGGGUCCAGUAUGUUUUAAUACCAAGGAGGCCGGAUUGUUGGAAAAUUCUUUGGGUAAUGCUGUUAGUGGAAAUGGAAAUGCUAAAAGAAGAGACUUUGAUGAUUCUUAUUCUGGAUCAGAAGUAGCCCCUGAAAUCAACCUACACACUGUUAAAUUAGUGAUUUCUGGUGAAUCAAUUGAGAGGCUAUUCCUCUGGGGUCACUCUGCUUCUACAGUGGAUAAUGUGGAUAACAAGAAGGUUCUCAUAUUUGGUGGCUUUGGAGGAAUAGGAAGACAUGCGCGAAGAGAUGAUCUAUUGCUUCUUGAUAUAGAAAGUGGAAGGAUGGAAGUGAUUGAUGUUUUGAAUGCCCCAUGUCCACGUGUGGGCCAUACAUCAUCUAUGAUUGGAGAUUCAAUGUAUGUGAUUGGAGGAAGAGCUGACCCUUUGAAUAUUCUGAAUGAUGUGUGGGUUUUUAAUGUGACAAAGAAAGAUUGGCGGCUGUUAGAGUGUUCGAACAGUCCAUUCCUUCCAAGGCAUAGACAUGCUGCAGCUGCUGUAGGUUCAAGAAUUUAUGUAUUUGGGGGAAUUCAGAAUGAUUUAAUAUUCUCAUCAGUGUAUGUCUUCGACACACAAAACUUUGAAUGGAGCGAAGUACAAGUUCAAGGGGAUUUUCCAUGUGCACGUCAUUCUCAUUCAAUGGCAGCAUAUGGAACUCAAUUAUUUGUAUUUGGGGGAUAUGAUGGGCAGAAGGCUCUAGGGGACCUGUAUAGUUUUGACGUGAAAACAUGUCUUUGGAAGAAAGAAAAGAUGAUUGGAGGACCAGCUGCAAAAUUUUCUCAUUCUAUGUUUAUUUAUAAGAAAUAUCUCGGGAUCAUUGGGGGCUGUCCUGUUAGUCAACAGAACCAGAGAUUAUCAUUACUCAAUCUGGAAUCUCAUUUGUGGAAGCAUAUUACUAUCAGUUCUAUUGGUGAAGGCCUGUUUGUUCGUAGUACGGCAAAUAUUGUUGAUAAUGACCUAAUAAUGAUUGGUGGUGGGGCAGCCUGUUAUGCAUUUGGAACAAAGUUCAGUGAACCAGUGAAAGUAGAUCUGUUACCUUUGAUAUCACUAAUAGAAUGUCCCACGCAUUUACACGAGGAAAAUAAGCAUGCCAUUUAUCAAGAGGAAGAAACGAUGAGAGAAAUGAACAUUUCCUCUUGUUUUCCACAGAAUGAAGUGGAACCAGUAAAUAACGGAAGCUUUCAUCAGAAUUCAGAGGGUAGAGAUUCUGGAAUUGCUGGAAGUCAGAUGGUUGCUUCCCAUUGGGUUAUUCGGCUCAAAAGGAAAGAUGCAAAAAUGGCAAAGGAUAUGUUGAAAAAGUUUGGAUGGUUAGAUCUCGGGAGAAAGGUCCAUCCGCAGGAUGAUGGAAAGGAUAUCUGUUUCCCUGUCACAGAAAACUUUUGCGCUUUAUUCAACCAGAGAAAUAACCUGGGAGAUGUUCCUGAAUCUGUGUGUCAAGAGGGAAUACCAGUGAAAGAUACAUGCAUUUCAACAGCCUUGAACAUUCUGAUUGAAUGUGGAGCAACUAUACUAGCUGAUGAAAUCGUCAGAGUUAAAAAAGCUUCACAUUCUCCAUUCAAAGUAAUGUCUGAAGCUGUUGCCACUCUGUUAAGUGACCGAGGUCUGCCGUUGCAACUUUUAGAGGAGUUACCUUCAAGAUGGGAACGACUUGGUGAUAUUGUUGUGCUUCCCGUAACAUCCUUCAAGGACUCAGCAUGGGACUUGAUUGGCCAGGAGCUUUGGUUUAUAGUCGCAAAAUCCCUGGGGGCUCAUCGCCUUGCUCGACAAGGGCGAAUUGCACCAACUGGUACGAGGGACAGUACUUUGGAGAUUCUUGUUGGAGAUGACGGUUGGGUCAACCACCGAGAAAAUGGAAUUCUUUAUUCCUUUGAUGCUACCAAGUGCAUGUUUUCAUGGGGUAAUCUCUCUGAGAAGCUUCGAAUGGGCCACUUUGACUGCAAAGACGAAGUUAUAGUAGAUUUGUUUGCUGGUAUUGGAUACUUUGUCCUACCCUUCUUAGUGAGGGCCAAAGCCAAGCUUAUGUAUGCUUGUGAAUGGAACCCCUAUGCGGUUGAGGCACUUCGUCGUAACGUUGAAGCUAAUCUUGUUGCUGAUCGUUGUGUAUUACUCGAAGGAGAUAAUCGAAUUACAGCGCCAAAAGGUGUAGCUGAUAGAGUGUGUCUCGGUCUCAUUCCCACAAGCGAGGGUAGUUGGGUUACUGCUGUCAGAGCAUUAAGAGAGAAGGGUGGUAUAUUGCACAUCCAUGGCAAUGUCAAAGAUUCUGAAGAAAAUGUCUGGACAAACUAUGUUUCCCAGUCAAUUCAAGAAAUUGCUAGAUCUGAAGGUCACUACUGGGAUGUAUCAGUAGAACACGUCGAGAGGGUGAAAUGGUAUGCGCCCCAUAUCCGCCAUCUUGUAGCAGAUGUGAGAUGCAAACAGAUUCAGACAUAAGUGUUUGAGUUCAGAAAUCCCAUUUGAAGGUUGCUGCAAACAGUAGCUGCUGAGGGUUCUGUUCAAUUCAUUAUUUAAUUAAGCUAGCAUGUGGACUAUGAAAUGUUAUCCAGAUUGACCAUCUUAGAUAAAAAUAGGGGAAAUAUAUUAGUGAUGUUAUGUCAAGGGUGUUUGGUAAUUACGAGUAGCAUUUUUUGGGGGUGAAUUUUGUAUUAUUUGGGGAACUUUAUGCGAUUAAAGAAAUUAAAUCAAA